AUGAGCUGGCUAACAAGCCUCUUACUCCCCUGCGCCCAACCCCGAAAACCAACAAAAGAUUCCUGUUCCACACGAAGCAACCCAUUGUACCAUGACACCCAGAAGCAACCAACAUACAUCGACUCCUCUGGUCUCCCCCAGAAACCCCACCGCAUCGCCAGAAAGCCCUCCCCGCAGGAGACAGUAACACCCUCCAUCCGCAUUGUCGAAUACUCAGAUUCUGAACCUACACUGGAAUGGGACGAGAAGGACCGAGCAAACACUAGCUUCUCAGAUACGGCGUCUUUUCUCAGUGACGAUCGGACGAUUCUUAUGCCUGAGCCCGAUGAGGAGGCUGUUCUUGUGGAGAUGAGGAAGAUUGAGAGUGAUUUGGCUGCGACGGCAUCUCCGCCACCACCGGCGGUAACGACACCAAGAAGAAAUUCUAGGACGACUACUAGAACGUCAGCUUGCUUGGAUAUGAUUCCUGAAUUCAGAAAUUGCAUCACGGAAGCGAUUAGGGAAGAACAAGAGCCGGAGGAGUCGACUGACAAGAUCGGAACUGCUGUCACGACAUCACCGGAAGAUAAAGCAUCGAGAAAAGAAGCCCUGAAUGAGGAGACACCAGCGGAGCAGAAGCUGCCACAAAAAAGCAAGGACAACCAAGACCCGGAGCACCAAGAAAAAGAAGAACACGAAAAGGUGCAGGAGCAGGAGCAAGUACAAAUACACGUACAAGAGCCUGAACAGCAACCAGAGCCGGUGACAGCACCAGAAUCAUUACAGUACAAAAGGGAACAAGACCCCAGCCACCUCUCCUACCUCUCCACGCGCCUAAGUCGCCGCCGCUCCCUCAUCGAAAUCUUCAACGCCCUCCGCGCCAGCCAACGCUCCAGUUUCCGACUUAACCUCGAGUUCUCUCCCAAGUUCUACUCCGCCCCCUUCGGGCCGUCCUCUCCAACUUCUUCCACAACCGCUGUCUCUCCACCCAUGUCCCCUGUCUCGAUAAUCUCACCUCUUUCGCCAACUCUCUCCGAUGAGACAAUCAUGGUUGACUCAAUCGAGACAGCAUGUGCGGUGCAGAUUGCCGGAGGAAAGGGACCACAGGAGGUUGUGCACCAGGCGAUUACUCCUGAUGAGAAUAUCUUCCAGUUUCACUAA